GGGUCCAUCACUGAUGACGUCUCUGAUGAUUUGGAAGAUGUUGUAGCCGAAACUUGAUGUACACUACGUUGUCUUAUUAAAUUAAUGUUAACUUAUUCAUACAAAUGCAUAACACGUAUUACAAGCCCCAAAAUGGAACAAACUGCACAUACACCAAAUUAAAAGCUUCAGGUCAGACUAAGGCAGAGUCCUACGGCCCAGCCAUGCCUCAAAAACCCCAAAAGAGCGCUCAGACGACACACUACAUUGAGCUGGGAGGUUAUCAGUACUGGCCUGUGCUGGUGCCUCGAGGAAUCAGACUGUACACCUAUGAACAGAUCCCGUUGUUUCUGAGGGAGAACCCCUACAUCACAGAUGGAUACAGAGCCUACCUGCCCUCCAGACUGUGCAUUAAAAGCCUCUUCAUUCUGUCCAAUGAGACGGUGAAUAUCUGGAGCCAUCUGUUGGGCUUCCUCCUCUUCUUCUUUGUCGGGGUGUACAACAUGGCCUCGGUGCUGCCAGCCAUCGGCGCCUCCAAAGAGGACUACGUCAUCUACUCCAUCGGGCUCUUCUGCUUCCAGCUGUGUAUGCUGUGUUCAGUGGGUUAUCACCUGUUCUGUUGCCACCGCUCGGAGAAGACGAGCCGCCGCUGGAUGGCGCUGGACUACGCAGGGGUUUCCAUCGGCAUCCUGGGCUGCUACGUCCCCGGAGUCUUCUACACCUUCUAUUGUAAUAAUUACUGGCGGCAGGUGUACCUAGUGACGGUCCUGGCCAUGAUCCUGGCCGUCUUCUUCGCUCAGAUCCACCCUCAUUACCUCAGCAAGCAGUGGAAGCAGCUGCGCUCGCUCAUCUUCUGCUUGGUGGCCGGGUACGGCCUCAUCCCCACCGUCCACUGGAUCUGCAUCACUGGGGGCUUCUCCUCAGAGCUCGUCCAGGCUUUUGUUCCUCGAGUCCUGGGGAUGUACUUCAUCGCUGCAUUAGCACUCAUUUUCUACGUUUCAAAAGUUCCUGAGCGCUACUUCCCAGGUCAGCUGAACUACCUGGGCUCCAGUCACCAGGUGUGGCACCUGCUGCUGGUGCUGAUGUUUUACUGGUGGCACCAGUCAUCAUCCUUCAUCAUGGCGUACAGACACAGCCAGCCCUGCCCCGACACCUCCCACCAUGCCUAGGACGCUGCUCUGCACGCUGGGAUCCCUGACACUGUUAAACUGUUGGCGAACAGCUGCAGCUUAUUCCAGCAUGCACAAGUGGAAGGCAGGGAGACACCAUGGACGGGCCUUUAGUCCACCUCAGUGUCCCCACAGAUGGACACAUUCUUACCUGCAAAUGUCUUCAGUCCACCGAACCUGUGGAGGAAACCAUCAGAGGGGCUGCAGACAGGAAUCAGACCUGUGACCUCCAGGAUGUCGAGGGUGUUUUUAAGAUGAGAUGGAAUCUCUGAGUGACUGUAGGUCAACAGUCACAGUGGCUAAAAACUAAUUUUUACCACCUAAAAACAAACAACUGAAUCUCUGAAUUGAAACUACAGAAUCUCCAGAAUUUGCACUGCGUUCAAAUUUACAUAACAUUAAAAGCAGCUUUGAUCAAAACGCAGCCACAUUAAACAUUACCCAGAUCAUCAAGGUUGGCGGGCGUCGUCAAGUAGCAUUUACUUUUUUCUAUGAGACAGUUAAGUGCCUGUAAAUGAAACGUCAUGUAGCUCUUGUUGAAUUAAAUUAACACAAUUCCAUGUCGUGAUAAUGCUUUUAGAAACAGCUGCCUGUAGGCUCAGUAAAUAAUCAAGUAAAAUCACCUUCAAAGGGAAAAUUACAUGUUCAAUGUCCACGCUCUGCACAGUUCUGCUAAAAGUAUAAGUGGAUGUGAGUUAACACAUCUUUGUUUUAGUGUUGAGGUUUGCUGACGCUCAGCCCACAUCAAGUCGUAUAGAUUUUUUUAUGUACAAACUCUGAAACAUUAUUAGUGGUUUAAACUGUGCGGUACUUUCUCAUGAGAACAAGCAAAAACUAACCAGUAUCUUUGAAUAUAAUUCAUGUUUAGAUAGAAAAACCAAAGACUGCUGUGGAGCGACACCCGAGAUGUUAUCUUCAUCAGGUCGUAUUACAUUAGGUUGUUAAUUUGUCCUUUAGCGUGUACAGUGUGUGUACAGUGUGUGUACAGUGUGUGUACAGUGUUGAUGUUUCUGUCUCUCACUGCAGAGUGAGACAAACUACAGAUCGUUUCAGGAUGGUGACAUGUAUUGACUCUAAACACAGGUACUGCAGCUGUGUCUGUACCUGAUACUCCACAACUGAAUGUGUUUCUCUGUCCUGUGUUGGGCUGCACCGCCUCAGUGUUCAAACUGACAGUUAUAUCAGAGCUGCGCAGGGUGUUUGAGGAGCAAACCCUCAGUGUUCACUACUGGAAUGUUUUUGUAUUAAAUCUGAGCUGAACCCAGCUACUAGAUUAAACUAUUGUCUAUUUGUUCAAAGUAUCUCCCUCACAUUUUUAUUUCAGUAUUGUCCAGUCCCAACCUGUGAGAGUCGGGGUUUAUUAGAACAGUCAGUCAGUUUGGGGGUGUUAUGGACCAGUUCGGCCUCUAGGGGCUGCUAGUGAGACUUUUAGGCCUCUUAACUGUGUCCCAACUUUAAACUAAUGCUAAUGUCUACACUGUUGACAUUUAAGUUGCCUCCAGGUGUCAGAUUUAAAGCUUUAAUGCACCUGCACUACACUGUCUUUAUACAUGUUCUUUCAUUAUUCAAGUUAUUUACUACAUUUUUAUUUUGUGCUUUUUCUCUUUGUCUGAACACUUUGAAACUUGAGCAGCUGGCUUGGUUUCUUUCAAAAGCAUGGGAAGAAAGCAAUGAGGAAAUAGCAAAAAAAAAAAAAGUCAAUAAAUUAGUAAAAAAAAAAAAAAAAAUAGAGAGAAUUUAAAACAA